GUGAAACUGCAGAAGUUUACAUCUCUUGUCUGGAGAGCUGGAGCUGUCCAACCAACACGGUGCUGAAGCUGUCAGACACGGAGCUCCACGGUGCACCAAGUUGUUCUGUGUCACCCUCGCCUAAAGGAUGGACUGGUCGAUAAACACACUGCCUUUGCCUGAGUACGUUGAGCUUGGUGUCCAUUCACUGAGUGGCCUUCUGUGGACUCUGCUGUUCCUAUUUCUGUGGCACUGCUAUCGAAUUGGCUCUGACCUGCCAAUCCCAGGCCAUGCUGGAAAGUUAAAGUCGAGCUCAAGGCGGUCCAUGAUUUCUCGGAGCGGUGUGUGUAUGGGAACAAAGUGCAGCGCCCGGUCUAAGUUGUCCAGGAGCGAUCAAAUUGCACCUUUCAUUUCCAUGGAAACAGCGAAGGAUGAGGAGCAGGGACAAGGAUAUCUCACGCCAGUGCUGAGUCAUGCCUUGUUCCCUGCCCAGGCAUCUGCAGAAGCCAAGAAGCUAUACGCAGCACUGCAAGAGUAUGCCAAGCGUUACAGCUGGGUGGGCAUGGGCCGCAUUCACAAAGGCCUUCGUGAGCAGGUCAGACUGAACGAUCUCUCCACCAUACAAAAGCCACAUCUCUUCUUCCUGCCGGAUGUCCCAAGUGUUCCUUUCUUCCCGCAUGAUGCUCACCGACAUGAUAUCGAGGUGUUGGAAGCUAAUUAUCCCGCCAUCUUGGCUGAAUUCCAGGCUGUUUACCAGAGAGGCAUAGACUCCAAAUCAGGCUGGACUUGUCUGGGGCCAAAGAGCCAGGCCGUGUUUUCCUUGUACAGCGCCGGGGUCUGUGUGGCAGAGAACUGCCGCUCCUGUCCCUCCACAUAUCGCACACUUCUUUCUCUGCGUACUUUCAUAAACAGCAACUCGUUGGGAUCUGCAGGAUUUUGGCUGUUGGGCCCCGGAGCGAUACUGGGGAGCUCCUACGGACCGACAAACACACGCCUUCGCUGUCACCUUGGUUUGCAGACCCCCACUUCGUGUGAGCUGGUGGUGGGAGGGGAGCCUCAGUGUUGGUCAGAGGGGCACUGCCUCCUUCUUGAUGAUUCAUUCCUUCACACCAUCUCUCACAAGGGUCCUCCAGAAUCUGGACCCAGGGUCAUUUUGAGUGUGGACCUGUGGCAUCCAAAUGUGGCUGCAGCAGAGAGACAAGCUUUGGACUACAUGUUCACCCCUGACCUCUGAGUUUUCACCGUGAGCACUGUGCAGGGAUGCCUUAACUUAGCCCACGGUUCACGUGUCUCAUUCCAGUCAGAGAAUCACUGUGUGAAUCCUUCCUUAAGAAUUAGACAAGCCAUUAGCCACACAUUCAAGCAGUGUUGGAUGUUUGGCCCUCAUUUGUAAUCAUUAAAACAGUUUUACUGUUAUGCUACCUGCAUGGCAAUUUGAUAUAAAAAUACAAGCAGACAGCACCUGGAAGCACAAACAACAGAGCAGGGGUUAACUGAUGUAAAUUUUGACAUCAUAAAUCUGUUUACUAUGCUAAUUCAUGCAUGCAAAGCCUCAGACUUGUUAUUGUUACUGGCCUUAUCUGAGCUGUUGUUGCAUGUGCAUGGGUUUUUAGAAACUUUCUUGAAACGGUGUGUGACUACCGGUGAUUCAACCAAAAAACUGUGAAUACUUCAGUAAAAAUGACAGAAAUUUAAAUUUAAAUGUAUUUUCUCGCCUAAGAUAUUUCCAAUCAAAAUGUAACCAAAUAUACUGUGUUUUUUCUUUCCAUGAUAACACAAAGCUGUUUGUAUGCUGGAAUGUUUCUGGUCUCAAAGUUAUUAUAUUUUUGAUUUCUUUAUAAAUACUCUUUGCUAGUUUGUUUCUUGUUACAUAUUUUAUGUACAGUAAAAGAUAAAAAGAAGAGUAUAAAUGAAA